AUGCAAUCUGCACUUAUCGGACUCAACUUUCCAUUGCAACGACGGUUUUUGUCGGGCGUUCUAACCAGUACUUCCUCUGCAACGAGAUGCUAUUCCAAUGAUGUGAAAAAGUACGAAUGUACGUCUGCAGAACACAAAAAGGAGCUCGAAGAAUGCUACAAUCGACUCGAUUUAUCUUUUGAAAAUACGAAAGAGGCUUUUAAGAGCAAAUCGAACACGGAACUUGUCCGUGCUCUUGUCGUCCUCCGACUAUGCGGAGUCCAAACUCUUGUCAACCAGAAUCAAAUGAUUCUGGCCACAAUGAGACGAGUCCUCGGGAAAAAUCUUUUCAAGAAAACGCUGAAAAACACAUUUUACGGUCACUUCGUCGCUGGAGAAACCGAAGAAGAAGUGCGUCCAGUGGUUGGAAAACUCAGAAAUUAUGGAGUCAAAUCGAUUUUGGACUACUCGGUCGAAGCGGAUAUUUCGGGACAAGAGGCGACGGAUAAGACGGUCAAAGGGACGUCACAAGCGACUGUGAAACCAGCGGCGAUGACACCAGUGGUCGACGCGAAAACGCUCGAAACGACACGGGAACGGUACACUGUACAUCAAGAGUUCGGAGAUCGGCGGCAGGGUGUGGCUAGUGCAAGAACAUAUUUCUACGAAGGCGAGGAGCAAUGUGACAAGAAUCGUGACAUCUUCAAAGACUCCAUUAACGCCGUCGCCUCGGCUACAGGGAAUGAGGGAUUUGUCGCUGUGAAGGUUACGGCACUCGGAAGACCUCAACUCUUGCUGAAACUUUCUGAGGCUAUCGUUCAGACUCAGAACUUUUUCAAGGCGUUGACCGGUGGAAUGACACUUCAGGAGGGCAGACUGACGUCACAGAAGUUCACGAAGAGAUUGCAUGAACUAGGUGUGAAAACCGAUUCGGAAUCCGUGAAAAAGUUCUUCAAUGACGUUGACUUUGACUCUGACGGAAUCGUCGAUCUCCACGGAUGGAAUCAUAUUCUCGAUGAUCAUGUCAAACUGGGACAACUGUUCCAAGUGUUGAAUAUCAAGACUGGAGCACUCGAACCACUUAUCCAGAAUCUGUCGAAUGAGGAGGAGCAGGAGUUUCGAAACAUGGUGAGGAGAACGUUGGAUGUGGCAGAGUACGCGAUUUCGAAGGGUGUCAGGAUUAUGGUCGAUGCGGAGCAGACGUACUUGCAACCCGCGAUUUCGAAGAUUACGAUUGAAAUGAUGAAGAAAUACAACAAGGAUCGUGGAAACGUCUUCAACACCUACCAAGCAUACCUGAAGGCUACCCUUCAAAACAUGGAAGCUGAUAUGCAAGUGGCACGACGAGAGGGAUGGCAUUUCGGAGCGAAACUUGUCAGAGGAGCAUACAUGGAGCAGGAGAGAGCACGUGCCCAAGCGAUUGGUUAUGACGAUCCGGUUAAUGUGGAUUUCCAGGCCACCACAAAGAUGUACGAAUCAUGUCUGACACGUAUCGCCGAUGAGGUGGAUCGACGUGGCAGGACGAACGUGUCGGUGAUGGUUGCGAGUCACAAUGAGGAUACGGUACGAUUCGCGGUGAACUUGAUGAAGGAGAGAUGUAUUGCACCGUCGGAACGAGUCAUGUGUAUGGCACAGUUGUAUGGAAUGUGUGAUCAGGUGUCAUUCUCCCUCGGACAAGCCGGUUUCUCAGUAUACAAGUAUCUACCAUAUGGACCAGUUGAAGAAGUCUUACCGUAUCUCAGUCGACGUGCCCUCGAAAACGGAAGUGUGUUGAAAAAGGCAAAUAAGGAGCGUGAUCUCUUGUGGAAAGAGCUUAAACGACGAAUCUCAAAUGGCGAAUUCAAGGCCAAGCAUAAUUAG